UACAUAAUGGCCCCAUGUGCAGCACGUGGUUUCGGUACUUGAAGGAAGCCGUGGUGCCGACAAUGAGGGGCAGGUACCCCCCUUGCUAAGCGUUAAAGUUUAAACGUGGAGAUCGGGCCCGGGAACACUUAAUCGAAAGGUCUGAAGGUAGCCCUGUCUUCUAAGUCAUGUCCAUAUCGACGUGCCGCGUGGACCUGGCCUGUGCGAUUCGCACUUCGGCUCCACUGAACGCCGUGUUACCGACUCGUAGCCUCUCCUGGCCAGGAUCAAGAGCGCUAAACCAAGGUAUCGGUCUUAUACUUCCCGAGAGUCCGGGCCUCAACUCCAUGAUAAAGCCCAGAGAAACAAUUCGGUUCGUCUUCUCGAAUUAGAGUUCAGUACCGUCUACUUGAUUCCUUACUGUGUUUCCUGACAAUACCGUUGCCUCUUUUCACGUUCUUGCCUCGAGUCCGUUGAAGCACAUUACAUCACCAACAUGGCCGAGGUCACAAACACGGCUCUGUACAUGGACAGAGACUGCCAACUGUCAGUCAAGCGCAACUACACCAUGCCAGUUCCCCAGGCCGACGAGGUCCUCGUGAAAGUCCAGUUCUCGGGCGUCAACCCGGCCGACGUCCGUCACGGAACACAUCUCGGCAUAACGCCCGUAGUCCUCGGGUACGACUUCAGCGGCCACGUCGUGUCCUGCCCUCCCGACUGUGGACUGAGCCCUGGGGACGCCGUGGCCGGGAUGACGCCGACGGGCGUUGGCCGUCCCGCGCGGUACGGCGCGCACCAGGAGUUCCUGGCCUGCCCGGUGGACUGUCUCUUCCGUGUGCCGGGCAACCUGCCGAUGCACCACGCCGCAUGCCUGCCCGUCGUUGCCUGCACCGCGGCGGACGUCCUGUUCAACGUCUUCGGCUUCCCGCUGCCCCAAAAUGUCAGCCAGACAGACGUGGUGGGCAAACCGGCCGAGGUGGCUGCCAGGGUCCCUGACGCACACGAAUCAACCCAGACCAAACACCAGGCUGGCAGCGGCGGCAUCGUCGGCCCGUUGCUCAUAUGGGGCGGCUCCGCGGCGGUUGGUAGCUGUGCGAUACAGUUGGCCCGGGCCUGCGGCGUCAAGUCCAUCAUCGUGACUGCCUCGCCCGCCCGGCACGAGAUGCUCCGGCGCCUGGGAGCCACGCACUGCUUCGACUACCACGAUGCCGAGGUCGGGGCCAAGAUCCUGGCAGCAGUCGAGGAGCAGCAGGAGGGGCCUAUUCGGUACGCCCUGGACGCCGCUGGGAGCUUUGGUAAUGGUGGUGGUGGUGGUGGUGAUGGCCUCUCGUCUUUCGAACAGAUGACCCGCUGCGGUGCGUUGCCUGGCAAUGGGGUCGUCCUCGUGUCCGUUGUAGCUGUGGGCUCGCGCGCAAUCUUGCCCUUUGCCUCGCGGGCUCGGGACGUGACGCUGGCUGUCCGGGGUCAGCCGCAGCCGAUAGUCAUCCCGGCAGACGAGGCAAAGGCGGCGAGAACGACGGCCGCUCUGCAGUGGGUGGUCGGGAACUACGGUGAGGCCUUUGUGCUGCCUGCCGUCGACAUCUGGAGUGGGAGCGCGGAAGAUGCCUUGGUCGAGCUGGAGCGUGUUGAGAAGCAGGGCAGGUUCGGCAAGAUGGCCGUUCAGCAUCCACUGCAGUCGUAGUCAUAGAACUGAUGAUGGGGGAGGAUAUGGAAAUAGCCUGGAUUCAGUCUCAGAGACUGGUCGGAUCAAUAGAGCGUUUCUGUGUCACUGGAAUAUCGAUGUUGUGUUGUGUGAUCAGUACAUACUUCGUCGAUGCCAAUCAAUCAAUCAGUCCCAGCGGGCCACGGCUGCGCACCAUGGCAGGCAACCUCGGCCUCUAACCCGCCGGAGACGGACACGGCGGCAGGGAUGUGACGACGACGAUCCGCAUCAUCAUGGCGCGCAUGCAGAGGGCAUACUCCGCAGAGAUUGCUGGGCCCUGGG